AUGUCGACUCCAGUGCAACCGUCCUCUCCGCCAAGUACGCCCACAAAAAAAAGCGCCCGCUCGUUCUCGGGCCAAACGACCGCCGCGAACACUGCGUGCAUCUGCGGAAAUGUUCCGAUUGGUAAUCGACUCAAAAAUUGUGAUAUUGACCAUUUCGAGCGGGUUUCUUUUCAGCACUUUCUGCGAACACUCUUGCGGACACGCUCAAAGUUUCGCCGCUUUACAAGCAACAAGAGUGAGUUUUCAACGGAUCAUUCUUUCUCACAAACAUCGUCUUGUUCAUCAUCAUUUCACGGAACCCCAGCCCCUUCCAAUAAGAAAUUCCCUUGGCGCAAUUCACGUGCGCUAAACAAGGCGCGUAACGCGUAAUUUCGGAGCGUCGUUGUAGAGUUUCUCAUUUCAAUUUUCCCUUUUUUUGCAUUAUCCCCAUCUUUUCAGAACCAAUCAGUGUCAAAACUUAUGAUAAUGAUUAGAAAUGAAUAAAAAUAAAAUUUUAACUGCUUCGUCAUCAAUUUCGAAACGUUUUAUGUGAAAAUUACAGAAUUUUUUUCCUGUUGGAAUCGAAAAUUUGCCUCAAUUAUCUCAAUUCUGUAUAUUUUUCGACGGUUGAGCGCUUAAAAGAUGCGCAAUAAACUCCUUGUUGACUGGACGGUUCGAAUGCCAGUGUCCGAACUCGAUUCGGCAAAUAAUCGUUAAAACUCCGUUUUCUUUUCCGUAGUUUUCGACAAAAUCCCUCAAUUUGGUCAAUUCUGAACGAAUCUGCUCCGUUUCGCUCUUAAAUCGAUGCUUUUAACUCACACAAUCGCCCCACGGUUCGCAAAGAACAAAAUUUGAGUGUUUAUUAAGAGAAAAACGAAAGAAUUCUGGGUUUCAAUUGAAAAAAGAAACUCCGAGCCGACGGUGGAUGCAAGCGCGCCCCAUUGACAACUUGUUUGCGCAUUGGAAUGCUGGGGUUCCGUACAUUUUUCUUCUGCUCUACUAGAAUUAUAAACAAAACAAUGUUUACUAUAUUUCAGUUCGGCGCGAUGGAACGCGGCCGCCCAAGUGUACCGCACUUCGCGGGCCGUCUCGCCGACUUUGGAAGAAAAGGAAAAGUUUGCGUUCGAUGUGACCAACACGUAUAUUAAUCAGAUGAUCAGCCCGAAAAUGUCCAUUCCCAAGUGAGCGUGCGGCUGAUUUUGUCCCAUUUUUUGAUUUUUUACAGAACACCGAUUUCGCUGGAAGAAAUUGCGGAUAUGAAUAGAAAGCGGCACGAAGUGGUGGGUCACUUUACUCAAAACGAUUUAUCUCAGCAGCGGGUUGAGAUAUCAAAUAGUUGUCAACUAAUGAAAUGUUCAUCAGGAAAUUUUGUACAUUUUUUCUGUUGACCACAUUUCGAUAUCUCUACAAACAGCUGAGAUACAAACACACACGUUUAUUGUCAAAUUUCCAGGAGGGGGGAGUGAUUUCUCCGCGCGGAGGCGUCGGUCCCUUGGAGUUGGAGGCUAUUGCGGCCGUGCACGAGUUGGCGCAUGAAGUGCAGGACAUAAGUGUGUCCGAGAUGCUUCCGAGGACCAGUGAUCUCAUUUUUGUGAACGUCAAAACGCAGGAAGGUCAGCUCUAGUCGCUUUUUCAUUUUUCUGCUCACCAAUAGUUUUGCGAAGAGGUCUGUAAUGGUUUUUCUGUUGCAACUAGACGAUAAACACAGUUUGAAACGAGUUUUCGAUGAGAUUUCGCUAUGAUCGAUGAUGAAAAGUAUCCUGCAGGCUCCCCGUACACCCUGGAGUUGACGAUGAAGGGCUGGCGAAUCGCCUCCUCGCACACGGACUGUAUGAACGGCGAUUAUACCAAAGUACGUUUCUGUUCUCUGUUGAAAAUCUGAAAAUCGUGUCAAACCAGGUCCAAAUAACGUUUUUUCAGAUCUCUCUGCACACAAAGUACUACCGUAACGCCCGCGAACUGCUCAAAUUCAUCUCGCCGGACCACACGACUCGUUUCAAUGAAUGCGUCGCCGAAAAGUUGAAUAGACUCGCUCAGGUACCGUAAUCUCAUGUCUAAUCGCUUUUAAAGACUGAUUUUCAGGUUGCUCAGUAG